CGCCAAAUUCUCCGACUGCCUCGCACUCUCGCAGCACGUGGGGGGUGAUUCUCUCUUUCUUCUCUUCCUCAGCCGCCAGGAAGGUGGAUUCUUUUCGAGCUCUUGCCCAGCUGAUUAUAGGUAGGUACGUGGCUGGAUAGACCCUACUGCUGGAUAGAGCGUCUCAGGGACGGGUUGACUCUUUCUGGCCGCAUCAGCGGCCGGCUAUUCUUCUUGUCCGGCUAUCCGUUCCAGGACUUCGGAUUAAGAGGCGACGAGAUGAUGCGACGCUGCGUCUCGGCGUUGGCCCGCCGCCGCCGUCCAGAUCGCACGGUUGAUACUAUGAAGGCACGAUUCCAAUGUUUGGUUAACAUUUCCUCUUCAAUAAGGGACACUGACAGCCAAAGGUGCUCAAGUACGUGUGCUACUUCCUGUGCUACCGAUCCAGAUGUUUUAUCGAGAGAAACAUCGUCAUCAGAAAUGCUUGUUGAUUCAUUUGGGAGGUUCCACAAUUACUUGAGGAUCUCCUUGACCGAGCGCUGUAAUCUGAGGUGCCAGUACUGUAUGCCUGCUGAAGGAGUUGAACUAACACCAAAGUCAGAGCUUCUGUCACAUGAUGAGAUAAUUCGAAUCGCUGACCUUUUUGUUACUUCUGGUGUGAAUAAGAUCCGAUUAAUUGGUGGAGAACCUACCGUACGAAAAGAUAUUGAAGAUAUUUGUUUGCAUCUUUCUAGUUUGAAGGGACUGAAAACUCUUGCAAUGACCACAAAUGGAAUUGUUCUUUCAAAGAAACUCCCAAAGUUGAAAGAAUGUGGACUCAAUGCUUUAAAUAUAAGUUUAGAUACACUAGUACCUGCAAAGUUUGAGUUCAUGACAAGGCGUAAAGGGCACUCAAAGGUCUUGGAAUCAAUAGAUGCUGCUGUAGAACUUGGGUAUAGCCCUGUUAAGGUCAACUGUGUCAUCAUGCGUGGUAUAAAUGAUGAUGAGAUCUGCAAUUUUGUUGAAUUGACGAGACACAAGCCCAUCAACGUUAGAUUUAUUGAGUUUAUGCCAUUUGAUGGUAAUGUUUGGAAUGUGAAGAAGCUAGUUCCUUAUGCAGAGAUGUUGGACAAAGUGCGGCAAAGUUAUAAAGGAGUAGAGAGACUUCAAGAUCACCCCACAGACACUGCAAAGAAUUUCAGGAUUGAUGGACAUGUUGGCACUAUUUCAUUUAUUACAUCAAUGACAGAGCAUUUUUGUGCUGGCUGCAAUAGAUUACGGUUAUUGGCUGAUGGAAACCUCAAGGUGUGCUUAUUUGGCCCCUCAGAGGUAAGUUUGAGAGAACCCAUCCGUACUGGUGUUGAUGACGCUGGACUGAAGGAGAUAAUUGGUGCCGCGGUUAAAAGGAAGAAAGCUAAACAUGCCGGGAUGUUUGAUAUUGCCAAGACAGCAAAUAGACCCAUGAUACAUAUAGGUGGCUGAGGUGUGCAGAAUUUCCUCAUGUCGAAUAUGAGCCAAUAAAAUGGAUUUGCCAACUGCUGGGUUGCUGCCUGGUUUUACCUGAACGACCAUGAAAAAGUUCUCUGAUGCAAUGGACCAAACUCUUUCCGAGUGGUUUAAACAUUAGAGGAGGAAGUGGAGUGUAUUGGUCACUGCAGUCAUACAAUUUAGAUCCGUAUACUUGAACAAAUGAACAGUGUCACAGAAACUCACUCAGUCUUCGCGUGCCAAGGUGUUUUGGUUGUGUACUUGUAUGUUGUAUGCUCAUAAUGUCACGUUGUGUAAGCUCUCUUUUGAGAUCUCACCGUUUGUGAAUUAAACUGCUACCUUGAGAUCAAUCGCACAUCCUCGUUUCCGUUUUAG